UGAAGUCGCCAUAAGUCACAGAGAUUGUCACAUACAGCAGCGCGCUAAUGUUUGCUGGCGAGAAGAGAAUUAAACCCUGUUGUGUGUAUCAACAUCUGCACCGGGAUAAAUAUGAACUGCAAGUCCAUGAUUUUCAAGCCGACUUUUGGUUGAAGUCAAGUAUGUUUGGGCAGUUAUUAACACACACACGCACGGGAAUUAUCAGAAUGAAGAGCAAUCGGCAGAUGAAACCCACCAUCUAAAGCUGAGCUGGUGAGAACUUGCAGUGGCUGGUCAGACUGGGUGGAGGUCCUGCAGGAGACGAGAGCAGCGCGCCACGGUUGCACGGUCACUCAGUGCUCGUUGGCGGCGGAGCGUGAAGACAGAGCGUGUGCAGAGAGGCGGCUGUGACGGCAGUUUCCCGGUCUUUGAGCGCCUGCAGUCCGGCAUGUCCCAGAGGAAGCGCGCUGGACGCGGCAACCGUGAGGCUUCAUCACUGACGGAGCAGAUGGUGUCGGGAAAAUGACUCGGGUUCUCCCCGUCCUCGCUUACCUUUUCUCCCUGAUUCACUGCAUCAGCAGUGCUGACUCAGAGGAGCGGCUCAUGAACUGGCUGCUGGGAAAGGAGCGCUACAAUCCGCUCAUCCGUCCGGCUGUUAACAGGACCGAAAGAGUUACAGUGAAGCUCCAAGUGUCUCUUGCACAGCUCAUCAGUGUGAAUGAAAGGGAGCAGAUCAUGACCACAAAUGUCUGGAUCACUCAGCACUGGGUGGAUUACAGGCUCUCCUGGGACCCCACAAAGUACGAAGGCAUCGACAAGCUGCGGAUUCCAUCCAGACACAUAUGGCUGCCAGAUAUUGUUCUGUACAAUAAUGCUGAUGGUACCUAUGAGGUGACGGUCUUCACCAAUGCCAUUGUUCUUUUCAAUGGCAGCAUCAACUGGCUUCCUCCAGCCAUUUACAAAAGCGCCUGUAAGAUCGAGGUAAAGCAUUUUCCCUUUGACCAGCAGAACUGCACCCUCAAGUUCCGCUCAUGGACGUACGACCACACUGAGAUUGACCUGAUCUUGAAGUCUGAAGCGGCUAGCAUGGAUGAUUUCACUCCCAGCGGCGAGUGGGAUAUUUUGGCUCUUCCAGGCAGACGGACUGUCAGCCCACUGGAUCCCACUUAUGUAGAUCUCACGUAUGACUUCAUCAUCAAGCGAAAGCCCCUUUUCUAUACCAUAAACCUAAUCAUCCCCUGUGUGUUGAUCACCUCUCUGGCCAUCCUGGUCUUCUACUUGCCUUCAGACUGUGGAGAGAAGAUGACCCUCUGCAUCUCUGUGCUUUUGGCUCUCACUGUGUUCCUGCUUUUAAUCUCCAAGAUCGUUCCUCCCACCUCACUGGACGUGCCUCUGAUUGGCAAGUACCUGAUGUUCACCAUGGUGCUGGUGACCUUCUCCAUCAUCACCAGUGUGUGUGUGCUCAACGUGCACCACCGCUCUCCCAGCACCCACACUAUGCCUUCCUGGGUCAAGCUGGUAUUUCUUGUCAAACUUCCUGCCUUACUCUUCAUGAGACGCCCUCACAACAACUCCGCCCGCCAGCGUCUUCGACACCGGCGGUGCCUAUGUGCAAGGAGAGACAUUUUGGGUUUAGGUUACCCAGUUGCAUCCAAAACAGGCAUUGCCAUGUCAUCUUCUGCCCUGCUGACCUCUGAAUCUACCUUCUCCACCCCAGGACACAAAAAUGCAGCUCCUUCAAUGGGCUACAGUCACUUCAACAGGAAGGAAGACUUACACUCCACAGAUUACCUUCCUGCUGGUUUCACCUCCACCAAGGACCUUCAUCAGAGAAGCACCUCAGAGUGGGCUGCUGAUGUCCAGGAGGCAGUGAACGGGGUCCGCUUUGUGGCUGAGCACAUGAUGGGAGAUGAUGAUGAUCAGAGUGUGAUAGAGGAUUGGAAGUACGUGGCCAUGGUGGUCGAUCGCCUGUUCCUGUGGAUCUUUGUGAUAGUGUGUGUGGUGGGAACCCUGGGUCUCUUUCUUCAGCCCCUCUUCCAGAAUCAGAUUAUUCCCAAUCAGCAACCCAGUUCAGACACACCACGCAUCUGAUGACAGGGAAACUGAGCAGCUUUGGAGUCUUUACUGAGCAACUGAGCUGCUAAAGACAUUCAAAUAGAUAUGUGUGUGUGUGUAUACUUGUAUUUGUUACCUCUUUAGAACCUUCUCUUGCACCAGUAGUCCUCAUGGAGACCAAAACCUGAUUCUGCUGAGACAGAACCUCAUUUCUGAGAAACUGGUUAAGUUAAGGGCUAACAUUUGAAUCGUCGUCGUUAGUAAGGUUAGGGUUAGGCAUUAAGUGGUUAAGUUUUAUGAGUACAAAAAAAAAAGAGUAAAAGGUAAAAAAUAAAAUAAAAUUUUAAAGAAAUCCAACUCUGUAAUAGAAUGUGAAUUAAACAAACACAGCAGUGUCGUAAUUGUUUACAGUUUACUCUUUAUUUGACCAAAUGGGGAAAAAAAUGGGUGAAACCCUUUAAGCUAUCCAAAUGAAUCAAAAUCAUAACAGUGUCCUUAAAAGAAGAGCUGCACAAACCUCGUGUGUGUGUGUGUCAUUGGCAUCAAAUUCCACCAAUAUGGCACCUGAGAGGUUCACAGGUAAAUAGAAAAAAAUGUACAGCAGUGGAAAAGACAAAAACAUGUCCCCCUCUAAGGAAUUAGUAGCAAGUGACUAAUUGCCUUGAGAACAUUUCCCUUCAUAACUUCAAAGGACUGUUCCAAUACUGGAUAUAACGUAGCCGUCACUGUACACAAUUAUGCAAGACAUCACACACGCUGAACUGUUGCAGGAUUAUAACCAAUAUGAUGGGAUAGGAGUGACGAAUCUUGCUUGUAAGUUAUAUUACCAUAA